CGCCCCCAAGGCGCCGGAAGUGGAGUGUGGAGCCGCGUCGCGGGCUGUCAGUCUCUGUGGCUCCGAGCCGGCGCCGUCGCAGGACUCGCCCGGGCAGCGCGGGCGGCUCUGGGCCCCUCGGGCUCUGCGGUCCAGAGGGCACCAUGGACAACAAGGAGUUAAUCGGAUACUUUAAGUCUCAGAUGAAAGAAAACCAUGACACAGCCUCAGCAGUGGCUGCCAUUCGGACUUUGCUGGAGUUCUUGAAGAGAGAUAAAGGGGAGACAAUCCAGGGCCUGAGAGCGAAUCUCACCAGUGCCAUAGAAACCCUGUGUGGCGUGGACUCCUCGGUGGCCGUGUCCUCGGGUGGGGAGCUCUUCCUGCGCUUCAUCAGCCUCACGUCCCUGGAAUACUCUGAUUACUCCAAAUGUAAAAAGAUCAUGAUUGAGCGAGGAGAGCUUUUUCUCAGGAGAAUAUCACUGUCGAGAAGUAAAAUUGCAGAUCUGUGCCAUACUUUCAUCAAAGAUGGGGCGAGAAUAUUAACUCACGCCUACUCCAGAGUGGUCCUGAGAGUCUUGGAGGCAGCUGUGAAGGCCAAGAAGCGUUUCAGUGUGUACAUCACAGAGUCACAGCCUGACCUAUCCGGUAAGAAAAUGGCCAAAGCCCUCUGCCACCUCAACGUCCCCGUCACCGUGGUCCUGGAUGCUGCUGUUGGCUAUGUCAUGGAGAAAGUGGAUCUCGUCAUAGUUGGUGCUGAAGGAGUUGUUGAAAACGGAGGAAUUAUUAACAAGAUUGGAACCAAGCAGAUGGCCGUGUGUGCCAAAGCACAGAACAAGCCUUUCUACGUGGUUGCAGAAAGCUUCAAGUUUGUACGGCUCUUCCCACUAAACCAGGAAGACGUCCCAGAUAAGUUUAAGUACAAGGCAGACACUCUGAAGUCGGCACAGACUGGACAAGACCUCAGAGAGGAGCACCCGUGGGUCGACUACACCGCCCCUUCCUUAAUAACACUGCUGUUUACAGACCUGGGGGUGCUGACACCCUCAGCAGUCAGCGACGAACUCAUCAAGCUGUAUCUGUGACCACUGGGUCCUUUCCUGCCACGUGCAACUGAUGUAGUUGGGACAGGAAAUAUGAGUUCAAUUAUUGGCCACUUAACUGAUGAAAGAAGACGUGCCCAGGUCUCCCUCCCUUCAUCUUCCCCGCACUCCAGACUGAUCUGCCAAAAGCAUCAAAGAGCUGCAAGACUGAAAAACCAGUGUGGCCAGUUAGCUCAUGUGGUUAGAGCACAGUGCUCCUAACACCAAGGUUGCUGGUUCGAUCCCCACAUGGGCCACUGAGCUGCACCCUCCAC